UAGUGAAGAACCAGGCCCCCUCCCCUGCUACAGUAAUUACGGUAUUAUAGCAUUAUGGGACUGGGGAGAGCUGCGUGUGCGGCUCUUGCUAGAAGCGUCGCUGUCACAGCCAUGGCCCAGCACAAGUUCGCUGAUAUCGCUGUGAACCUGACAGAUCCCAUGUUCAGGGGAUGCUACAGAGGGAAGCAGAAACACGACGACGACUUCAGUCAGGUCAUCGACAGGGCUCUCAAAACUGGAGUCGAAAAGUUUAUGAUCACAGGAGUGAGCCUUGAAGACAGCAAGGAGGCCCUCGAAUUAGCUGAGACCAGAGACGAGUUCUACUGCACGGUCGGCUGCCAUCCCACCCACUGCAGUGACUUUGAGCAGAAAGGAGAAUCCCAGUACUUCUCUGGGCUGAGGGAGCUGGCAGCAGCACACCGGGGAAAGGUGGUGGCCAUCGGAGAGUGUGGACUGGAUUUUGACAGGUUGGAAUUUUGCCCGAAAGACACUCAGCUCAAAUACUUUGAGAAGCAGUUUGACCUGGCAGAGGAGACCAAGCUGCCCAUGUUCCUCCACUGCAGAAACUCCCAUCAGGAGUUCAUCGACAUCAUGAAGAGAAAUCGAGACCGAUGUGUUGGGGGAGUGGUCCACUCAUUUGAUGGGACCGCAGAGGACGCUGCUGCCCUCAUUGACCUGGACCUGUAUAUUGGAAUAAAUGGAUGUUCUUUGAAAACAGAGGCCAAUAUCGAAGCUAUGAAGUCUGUUCCCACUGAGAGGCUCAUGAUAGAAACAGAUGCUCCAUGGUGUGGUGUGAAGAACACGCAUGCAGGCUCCAAAUAUAUUAAAACUACAUUUCCCACAAAGAAGAAAUGGGAGGUUGGGCACUGUCUGAAAGACAGGAACGAGCCCUGUCACAUCAUACAAGUCUUGGAGGUGAUGGCAGCAGCCAGGGAAGAGGACCCGCUGGAGCUGGCUAACUCAAUCUAUAACAACACCGUCAAAGUCUUCUUCAGCACGAGCUGAUGAUAGACCGGAUUAGACCUCCGAGAGCCCGACUGAUAUGGCCUUAUUUUACUUUUCGACCUGAUUAAGGCUGCUUGAUGACUGUGUGUGUGAGACUGAUGGGUCCAGGGUUAAAACUCUCCCCUUGCCCAUUUAGAAAAGUCAAAUAGCUUCAUACCUUAUCUGUCUUCUUCUAAAAUAAAGAAUAACAUUUUUCAUUGA